CUCCAGCCCGGUCCCCGCGAGCUCGCGCCCGGCUCGGCGGCAGCGGCGCUCGCACCCGCUCUCGGGCCGGGGAGCGCGCGGGGCGGGCGGGAGAGGGCGCAGCCGGCUAGCGGGCGGGCGACGCGGCGGCCCUGCGGAGCAGCGGCGGCGGCAUGGACGCGGGCAGCGGGCACCCGGCUCCCCGCCCGGCCCGACCCGCUCGUGGCGCGCGGCCGCCGCGGAGCCCGUCCCCGUCCCCGGCGCAACUUGCCCCGGACACUCAGUGAGCGGCGGCGGAGGCGGCGGCGCGCGUCGGGCUGCGCGGGAGCGGGCUGAGGCGUGCGGGCGCCCGGCGCGAUGCCUCCGGCCGGAGGUCCCCGCGCGCCGCGCCCCGUCGCGCCGCCCCGCAGCCUGUCCCGCCUGCGCGAGUGCCCGGGCCGUUCCCGCAUCGUGCUGGUGCUUGGGGCCACGCAGAUGGCGCUCGGAUGUCUCAUCGUGGCUGUGAGCUUCGCCGCGCUGGCGCUCACCACCUCGGCCCGCGUCCGCCACUCCUGCCCCUUCUGGGCCGGCUUCUCGGUGCUGCUCUCGGGGCUCAUUGGUGUUGUCUCCUGGAAGAGGCCUCUCUCCCUUGUGAUCACCUUUUUCAUGCUGCUCUCUGCAGUGUGUGUGAUGCUGAAUCUGGCUGGUUCCAUCCUCUCCUGUCAGAACGCCCAGCUGGUGGACUCCCUGGCAGGCUGCCAGUUGAUCAAGUUUGACAGCGUGGAGGUGUGCGUCUGCUGUGAGCUGCAGCACCAGUCGUCCGGCUGCAGCAAUCUCGGGGAGACGCUGAAGCUGAACCCACUGCAGGAGAACUGCAACGCUGUGAGGCUGACCUUGAAGGAUCUGCUCUUCAGUGUGUGUGCCCUCAAUGUCCUCUCCACCAUCGUGUGUGCGUUGGCCACGGCCAUGUGCUGCAUGCAGAUGGUAUCCCUGGAUGUCCUGCAGAUGUUCCUUCCUCAGAGGCCGCACUCCACCCACCCCGCCUGCCUGACUCCCCGUGGCACGGUCCUCCACCACACCCUGGAUUUCGAUGAGUUCAUCCCCCCGCUCCCACCUCCACCCUACUACCCACCUGAGUACACCUGUACACCCUCGGCCGAGGCCCAGAGAGGUCUCCACCUGGACUUUGCUCCCUCCGCGUUCAGCACCCUGUACGACGUGGCCAUCAACAGCCCCGGCCUGCUGUACCCCGCUGAGCUCCCCCCACCCUACGAGGCAGUGGUGGGCCCCAGCCCUGCCAGCCAGGUGUCAAGCCUCGAUCACCAGGUGGCUGGGGCUAGUUCCGGGGAGUCCAGCGUCACUGCCGGCUUCAGCGCGCCAGCACCAGCCACCAGCGUGAGCCUUCCAGCCUCAGAGGAUGGCCCUGGGCCGGCUCCAAGUCACCCAUCCCCUGAAGGUCCCCUGGGCACCCUGCUGUCCCCACCUCCGACGCCGUCCCUCCACCACGUGCCCCAGGAGGCUCAAGCGCCAGGAACCUGGAUGUUGUCAGGCCCUAGUCACCUGGCCCGCUCCACCAGUGACCCCACCUCAUGUGCAUCCCGUUUGACAGGGGAUGCCUCUUCACACACACCCUCGUGCAGCCAGGACCUUGAAGCAGGACUGUCUCGGGCUGCUCCGGGGACUGUUCCCACAUCUCGCUCUGCCACGGCCACCCACCAGCGGCAACGGUCACCCCUUGGGGACUUCAGCACCUGCUAUGCUGGCCUGCAGCUGAAGCUAGGGGCCUUAGAGAUGGUCUCCAAGGAGCGGCCACACUGCUUAGCAGACAGCAAGGCCUAUGCAGAUACCACUAAGGUCUUGGUAGCGAAGUUUCUGGAACAUUCUCACUGUGCCCUUCCCCCUGAGGUGCGGCACGUGGUGGGCACCCUCCGCAUGGCGGUCACCUCCGAGGAGCGCCCUGUGGAGGAGGCCAUUGUUAAUGCUGGUGUCCUGGAGCAGCCAUGACUGUGACACCAGGUGACUGUCCCUGCUGGAGCUG